CUUCCUAUACCUCUGGAGUCUGGAAUGUCCGCGUGGCAAGCUUCUGCACUAACUGUCCGGCCUUUUUCGUGGUUCCGUUCUUCCCAUCUUUCACUUGCAAAUGUAUAUAUAGGAGAGAGCAGAAACAGUUUGGUCGUGGUUCUCAUUGAUUCAUUCAUACUUGCAAGGGAUCGAGAUACAGAGAAAAAGAAAAAAUGGCGAAAAGAAUUGCAAUCGUGAUUAUAUGGAUGGCAGUCAUGCUGGCGGUGACUAAUAUUUGUUUGGGCGAGGAGACAGCGCCGACCACGGUGGAGGAUGCUGAGAAGGAAGCGGCAGACAAAGUGGAAGAGGCAAAGGAGAAGGGCGACACAUGGACCCAAUGGGCUAAAGAUAAAAUUUUCUCUUCCGAUUCGUGGUUUGGUAAAGACAAGGAGGAAGACAAGGAGGUGCCACCAGCGGGUGCAGUAGAACAUUUGAACACUGUGCAACGCAUUACUGCUACCGACGAUGAAGAGGAAAAAGACGAGGAUGAGAAAAAGGGCUCUAAGGAAGAAAAGGAAGACGGUGAUAAAGAUGUUAAAGAGAAAGUUGAGAAGAUGAAAAACGAAGUUUCAGAAAAAAUGAAGGACGGAAAGGAACACCAUGAGAAAAUUAAGAAGAAAGCUGAGGAAGUGAAGGAGGUCGUUAAAGACAAAAUUAAGGAAGCAAAGGAAAAGGCUGACGACAUGAAAGAGAAAGCCAAAGGAAGCUUUGAGGACGCAAAGGGAAAGGCUGACGAAUUGAAAGAGAAGGCCAAAGGAAGCAUGGAGGACGCAAAGGGAAAGGCUGACGAAUUGAAAGAGAAAGCCAAAGGAAGCAUGGAGGACGCAAAGGGAAAGGCAGACGAUUUGAAAGAGAAAGUCAAAGGAAGCAUGGAGGACGCAAAGGGAAAGGCAGACGAUUNGGAGGACGCAAAGGGAAAGGCAGACGAUUUGAAAGAGAAAGUCAAAGGAAGCAUGGAGGACGCAAAGGGAAAGGCAGACGAUUUGAAAGAGAAAGCCAAAGGAAGCAUGGAGGACGCAAAGGGAAAGGCAGACGAUUUGAAAGAGAAAGCCAAAGGAAGCAUGGAGGACGCAAAGGGAAAGGCUGGUGAUAUGAAAGACAAGGCAGCUGAUGCUUACAAUAAAGCAAAAGACAAGGUGGAAGAUGCCAAGGAGAAGGCUUCAGACAAAGCCGACAAUUAAUUAAAUUAAUUAGGACCUCUGAUCCAACCCUGCAACUGCGAAGAGGAACUACUUUACUGAUGGAGCUCUUUUCUAUUUAAUUAAUUCGUUCCACUGUAUUCAAUCUCUUGUAGCUGCUCUUCUUGAUCAUCUCUAGAGUUGCGAUGCUCUAGUUUUUGUUCAAGAACCAACAAUUUA